CAUGGAACAAAAGCAAGCCGAGGAGAGGAGAGGAGAGGACCCGACCAACACCAACCCAACCCCAAACCCCAAACCCGAGCCAACCUCCAUUCCACUACUCCUCUUCAGCGAUUUCUUGCUCCGUUCCAAUUUCAGUUGCGCCUUCAAACCUGCGACCCCACCAACUCCGCCUCGCCGGAUACAGGACGACGACGAGGAAGCCGAGCAAGUUGCCCGCGCCCCUGGGGUAUCUGUCCGACUGACUGACUGCCCGGCAGCCGGGAGAGUUCGGCCAUGGGGGGCGUCUGCUCCAGGGGGUUCCCCGAGGAGCCGCCGCCGCGGUCGGUCGCCGACGCCCACGUCGCGCGCCGCGCCCGCUACGGGCCCGGGGACUUCGACUCCGGCGAGCUCGCCAUCCCGCCGCCCAAGCCGCACCCGCCGCACAAGGUAUCAGAAACAGGUACAUUUUUGGGAAGAGCUAGCAUAGCUGGUCUGGAAAAGGCUGUUGAGGUGUUAGAUACCCUCGGGAGCAGCAUGACAAGUUUGAAUCAUGGCAGUGGCUUUCUCUCUGGGGGAACGAACCGGGGAAAUAAAGUCUGUAUUUUAGCAUUUGAAGUCGCAAAUACAAUAGCUAAAGCUUCUAGUUUAUGGAUGUCAUGCUCUGAUGAGAGUAUAAAAGAGCUUAAGGAAGAGAUUUUGCAUUCAGAUGGAGUGCGGAUAUUGGUUUCCUCAAAUACCAGUGAGCUGUUGCAAAUUGCUGCUGUUGAUAAAAGGGAAGAACUUGCCAUCUUUUCAAGAGAAGUGAUACGGUUUGGCAACCUCUGUAAAGAUCCUAUAUGGCAUAACUUGGGACGAUAUUUCGACAAGUACGCCCCUGAAAAGUUAACGACAGAUAAUAUACCUCAGGAUCAUUCCAAGGAGAAUAUGGAUGCUACUGUCCAGAAUUUGAUUAAUUUGGCACAAAACACUUCUGAGCUCUACCAUGAACUGCACGCUCUGGACAGAUUUGAGCAAGAUUUUAAAAGGAAAUUUCAUGAAGAGGAGUCUGUGCCAGCGGCCAGACGAGAGAGCAUUAUGAUAUUGCAUAGUGAACUAAAGCGCCAAAGGAAGAUCGUGAAAAAUCUGAAGAAGAAAUCCUUGUGGUCCAAGACUUUGGAAGAGGUUGUGGAAAAACUUGUGGACAUUGUAAUAUUUUUGCAUAAACAAAUCCGAGAUUCAUUUGAUGAAGCUGGAACCAACUUCUUCGAUUCCGAGCAUACUCAGAACAAAAGGCUAGGUUCCUGCGGUCUGGCUCUACAUUAUGCUAACAUCAUCAAUCAAAUUGAAAAUAUAGUUUCUCGGCCCCUCUCUCUUCCUCCUAGUUCUAGAGACAAUUUGUACCAUGGUCUGCCAAAAACAGUAAAGUCAGCUCUGCGAUCACGAUUGCAAUCAUAUGACUCCAAAGAAGAGCCAUUCCUGUGCACUAAUAAAUUUGUUCCAUUGGUGCAGCGUACGGUAGCUCAAAUCAAAGCUGAAAUGCAGAAAACUCUUCGCUGGCUUCUGCCGAUAGCAGAAAAUACACUAAGAGCACACCAAGGGUUUGGAUGGGUUGGCGAAUGGGCAAACGUUGGGGGCGACAUGAGCAAGAAAUCAGGUUCCCAGAACAGCAUCGCCCGCAUCCAGACGCUGCAUCACGCCGACAAGGCGAAGACAGAGCAAUACAUCCUCGAGCUGGUGGUGCUGCUCCACCAUCUGGUGGUCCAGGUGAAGAACCGCGGCUACGGGAGCAAAUCAACCAAGCACGAGCGGUCCCGAUCCAACAAGGGGCUGGGCCUGCAACCGGAGACCAGGCUCACCACAUCUCCCGUGAACAAUGGCACCGCCCUGAGCCCGUUGUCGGACUGCGAGCGCACGGCCCUGGACCACCUGAGCUUCAAGAGGACGAGCUACGGGAGGAGCCAGAGCUGCGAGCCCCCGCCCGACAGAGGGGUCAAGGUGCACCGGAGCUGGGACUCGUGCCGGAGCCAGGGCAGCUCGCCGGCGAGGGAGUUCGGCAGGAACCCGGGCCUGGACCGUGACACGGCGAGGGACCUUGAUGUAAUCGAUGGCUUGGAUAGAGAUAGACUGACUUCGUACUCCCACCCGUCACCCCCAGCGUUUUGCUAGAUGGUGCUGUAUAUUAGUAGGUGCUGAUUCUUUUGCUGCUGCUUUGCCCGGCUCAUCGUAUAUCUUUGUAUAUGUGUGAUAUGUCUAUGUAGUAUAUAUUAUCGUAGCCUAUAUCUCCCUUUUCAAAAUAUAUGAUUUCGUAUUGUAGCUUGCGAUCGAUUGGAAAUAUAUAUAGAAAGCGAGAUCACAAAGCCCUUGGGAGGAAAA